UUUCUAUUUGCAAAAAACAGACAAAAAAAUUGGUGAAACCAGUGAAACUAACUUUAUAUUAUGAUUGUGUAUACCAACAUAAGAAAAUCAAUAAAAAUGGACUAUGGUAUGGUUAUACGUGUGGCUAUAUGGCCACAGUGUCAUUCAACGUGAUAUUGCCAACUGCCAGAUUAACAAUAACAAAUCAAGUAUUCAAUUUUAAGGUUAAGUUAAGCAAAAGUUAAUUAUAAAAAUAUAAUUAUUAAUAAUGCCACCCAAAAAGCAGCCUGAAAAAGGAGGCAAGGGAGGAAAAUCAGGAGGUGACGCAAAGGAAUCUGGCGCGAAAGAGAAAAAAGGCGGGACAGCUGUCAAAGUCAGACAUAUAUUGUGUGAGAAACAGUCAAAAUGUUUGGAAGCUCUAGAAAAACUGAAAGCGGGGCAGAAGUUUCCUGAAGUAGCAGCGGCGUACAGCGAGGACAAGGCUCGGUCGGGCGGCGACCUCGGCUGGCAGACGCGCGGCGCUAUGGUCGGCCCCUUCCAAGAUGCUGCCUUCGCACUGCCCAUCUCCACCGUCGCUAACCCUGUCUACACCGACCCUCCAAUAAAAACUAAAUUCGGCUACCACAUAAUUAUGGUAGAAGGGAAAAAAUGAGUGACAUGGUGUAUGGAUUGGAGUAUUUUUGGGCGAUGUUUUUGUUGUUAAUUAUGGAAAGGAUAUGCUGCUUGCAGGAGCAGUUUGACAAAGACUAUAGCGUGCUCCCCGAGGACGAUCCGAUUGACUUAGAAGACUCUGAUUCAGAUUCUCUGAAGUGGAGUUUCCUGCGGCUGAGCCGCCACGCGCAAGUCACCAUGCUGCUGACCUUCUUCUACUUCUGCAACAUUUGCUUCUGGUUCGUAAUGACAAAAAAAGCUUCGCCCAUUACCUUACCACACACUUUUACACUUUUAGAUUUAAAAAAUGUUAUUCCAUCAUGAAUGGUACUAAUAAAUAUGAAAAACAUCGAAAUGAAUGUUUGUUCUUAAAUUCGUUUCCCACUGAAAAC